AUGGCGCUCAAUCUCGACGACCUCAUCGGCUCCAUGCGCGCCAUCAACGCCGGCGACCGCGGCUCCGAGCUGGCGGCCAUGCGUUCCGAGCUGCGCGCCGCCCUGGGCCAGCACGCACUCGGGCCCGACGCCAGUGGCUCCUCCUCGGUCGCCGGCACACACGCGCACGCGGCGCCGGGCCACGCAUGGGGCAGCGCCGCGCCGAGCAGCAGCUACAGCGCCAUGGCGGGCGCCGCGGCGCCGUCGUCGUCGUACGUCGAUGCGCCGCGCGGCGGCGCAUACACGCACGACGCGUACGCCCGCGGCAGCUCCAUCUCCAUCUCCGGCGCCGGCUACGCCAGCAGCGGCGUCGGCGCCAGCCGCGCGGGCGGCAGCGGCAGUGGCAGCACGAGCAUGUCGACGUCCCAGACGCCGCUGUCGCAUCCCUCCUCCUACGCCUUCUCGCCGUCCUUGACCUCGACCGUCGCCUCCACGUCCUCCUCCUCCAACCUCACCACGCCGCCGCAUUCCCACCCCUCCUCCGCCUCGUCGCUCGGCGGCGCCACCGCCGUGCGUGCGCCGCAGAACACGCCGCAACAUACGCCUGCCGCACCGGCGCCGCCGUGGCCGGCCUCUGCGCUCGGCGCGCUGUGGGAGCGCGACGAGCGCGGCGGCAGCGGCACGCCGCCGCCGCCGCCACAGCAGCAGCAGCAGCAGCAGGGCAUGGAGCAGGAGCCGAUGCGCGGCGCAGCGGGCACGCCGCGGCGCAAAGUCGGCUUCAAUGCGCCGCCGGCGCCUGCGGCCUCUGCGAGCGCCGCCGCACACGCUCCGCAGGCACACUCGGCGCCCGAGGCGUGGAUGGGGCGCGGCGAGGGGUAUGGCUAUGGCCAUGGCUCGGGCGCUGCGGGGUAUGGACGAGGAGAGGGGCAGGGCGAUGGGAUGGACGAGGGCCUUUGA